AUGAGUAAGUAUCGCUCUCCACUCUAUCAACAAACUAGCGCAUACAAAUAAAAGUUAAGUAAAAAUUCCGGACAAUGCAAAUGGGUGGCUCUAGCUAUGAUGUGCUACGCAAGCAGGCGCGCACUUUGGAGAAUGAAAUUGAUAUGAAAUUGGUUGCGUUUAGCAAAAUUGGAGCUGGCAGCAGCAGCAUUAGUAACAGCAGCGCUGACACAUCACCAUUGCUGGGUGAACAUGUAUUUGACUCCCUUUCAGCUGAAAUUGAAGAAAUGCUCGAUAAGUUGUCCAGCCUAAAUGAAACGAUGGCGGACCUGCCAGCAACAGGUGCUGCAGCUGUUCACACUCUUCAGCGGCAUAGAGAGAUACUGCAGGGAUACAGGCAGGAAUUUAACAAAAUCUCUGCCAAUCACACAAUGCGUAUAGAGCGUGAAGAGCUGCUGCGUGGAUCGGGUCUCGCUACCAGUAGCAGUCCAUCCAUAUCAGGCCUCAGUCGCCGCGAAAUGUAUAUGAAGGAGAGUGGUCAUCUAAGCAGUGCCGGCAAUAUGGUCAACGAUCAAAUAAACAUUGCCAUAGAAACAAGGGACAACUUACAUGCUCAGCGACAAGCCUUCAAGCGACUUCAGACACGUUUCAAUGACAUUUCUAAUCGUUUUCCUUUAAUAUCAAGUCUUAUACAGCGCAUAAACAUCAAGAAACGACGCGAUUCGCUUAUAUUGGGCGCAGUGAUAGCAUUCUGUGUAAUUCUACUGCUGAUUUAUGCUUUUAAUUGAGAGCGUUCCAAAGAUUUGACCCAUGUAUUAAUCAAAUGCAAUUAGUGCAUGUUUUAUUUAAUUUUUGGUAUAUAUAUAUUGUAUGUAUAAUCAACUUGUGAUAGCAAUAAAAUGUAAUUUUAAGCAAGGUGUGCAUUAGCUUACGUAUAAUAUCAAAUUAUUGCUUGUUAUGAGAGCU